AUGAAAGAAUUACAAAAACUAUUACAACAUAGGAUUAUAAACGAUGUAUUCCAUACUUACUUAUCUUAUCCAACAUGGAAAGAAGCAGUGGAGAAAGAAAUAUUGGUGAAUAAAUACUAUAUGGGCAUGGAUUACUAUAAUCAAAACGAUCUUUUACAACCUGGUAGACCUAAAUCUCGAUUGUUGCUAAAGUUUGCAAUGGUGUGUAAAGAUUGGUACAACUAUAUUGUCAGUCAUCUUUCCACAGGUUUCAUUUAUGCGGAUUUUAUGUUUGUAGCCAAACAAAAGAUUGGAAAGAAUCUAUAUACAUUCCUUUCGAAACCAAAGAGUCUCUAUCGUUACAACAAUAUAAAGACGCUAUACUUGGAUUGCUAUUUAGGUGAAGUUCAUCCUGGAGCUGGUCGAAAUCUUGAGAUUGCUCGUAUCAUCCAAUGGGUAUCGAAAUUCACUGUGCUCGAGCGUGUCUUUGUCUCUACGGUCAGUUCAAGACUGGUCAAGCAACUGUUGGAUCGAUUCCCGAAUAUAAAGGUUGAGGUUGACAUCUCGGAGACUGAAUCUUGCGAUGUCAAUUCGAUGGAAGAGGAUCUGUCGAAAUACGAUCAUUCACGAUUGGAGUUUGUCUAUUACAAGACAUUGCCAAUGACAAACCUGCAGGAAUCUUUGAACGACAACAUCAACGCGAUAUACAAUCAUAUCAGAAAGUGGAGAGUCGAUUACAUCAUAUUCAAUUACAAGAAUGAACAAUUGGAACCGAGAACACUCUUUAGGAAUCGUUACAAGAUGUUGUUGUUGAUCAAAACGAUCAAGAACGUGAAAAUUGUCGAUGACGUAGUCGAUACAUCGGAACUCAAGUGGGUAGUCGACAACAACAGUCAUCUCGAAUCUUUCAAAGCGUUCGUACCGUUAAGUCUGCUCGACUUCAAGCAACAAAGUAAGAACUACAAGGUACCACACCACGAGGAAGGCUGUCGAUGUCAGGACUGGAUCGAUCCAGAUGACCCUUACACACUUAGACUCAAUCAAAUCAAUGAGAACGAACUUGGACAUUUCCAGGUGUUCUGUGAAGCAUUGGCGACCAACAAGACUCUAAAAUCACUGACUCUCAAGAAUCAAUGUAGACAAAUACAUGAAGUUGCAACUGGACACAGUCUUUCACAAAUGGCACUUCUGUCAGCGUCGGGUUUCUUGCGUAAAGCCUUGGCCGAAAACAACACACUCACUUUUCUCUCUAUUUCAUCUAGUAUACUCGGUGAUUCUUUCUUCAAGACGAUGGCAACUGACAAUCGAGCGAUCACUCACCUCAAACUUACAGAAGUUCAACUCACCUUUACACUUGAUAGUCUGACAGAGAUGCUCAAACAAAAUCACUCGAUUACCAGUCUUAAUAUCAAGUAUGAGGAGUACGACAAGAAACAAACAUCACGAAUCAGUCCUGCAUGGGAUUCAUUCUGUAAAGUGUUGACAAUCAGUACCACCCUUAAGAAACUGAGCAUCGUCAGUAUGGAGGCAAGAUCAAACUUGAGAUUUGGUAAUGAAGAUAUUAAGUACUUGGUGCAAGAAAACCCAUUGGCAGCAGCUCAGUGCAAAUCAUUUGGAAAGGCACUUGCCAGCAACCAAUCAAUAGAAUCACUCACAUUAUCAUGUCCAUUAUUCUCUGAUUGCAAGGUACUCUACCAGUCAGAGUCACGAACCAAUCAAACACUGAAAGAGCUUCGAUUGAAAGACUGCACAUUGGAUCAUUUCCUUGAGAUGUCAAGGAUGUUAAGAAUCAAUAGAUCGAUAACCAGACUUUCAAUCUACUCUUUCAAUGAUUCUCAAUCGUAUGGUUACUUUUCAGAGGCAUCUAGGAAUAAAUCAGCGAUGGCCGAUAAGAUCAUUCAAUCAGUUGAUACUUUUACAAAGGCAUUGAAAACUCACCGUCUUUCAAAAUUAACAUUGGAGAACGAAGAUUUUUUAGAUUUAAUUGACGAACAGAUUAUAGACAUGUAUGGUGACUUGACAGGAUUCGAUGAGAUGGAUUAUUACACAUUGGAUUUUGAUGUUGUGCCAUAA